AUGCCACGACACGUUAAGUCUGCCAUCAACUACUACAAAGAUCCCGGUGACGGAUCCUCACACCCGGACGUCACAGCCCGGAAGAGAAGCACGUUCAACCAGCCGUCCGUCGAUCUCGAAACAAUCAUACACGACAUCACUGGGGAGGAGGAAAAGUUUACUCUCGAUAGAAACUGCUUCCAGCUUUAUCUUCACAAGUCUAAAGUAGACCGAUUCGAUGACGAGGAGCUGAUUAAAGACGUGUACUACGAAGAAGUAAGGCAGAUCUUGAAGAAAGUGACGAAGGCCACAAGAGUCUUCAUCUUUGAUCAUACCAUUCGUCGACCUAACCCCAUCGCUCAAGACCCUGAUGAUGAGCGACGCCCAGUUAAACGCGCCCACAUAGAUCAGAGCGAGUGGGCAGCUACUAACCAGGUAAAGCGCCAUCUUGGCCCCGAUGCCCCUCGACUACUGCAGUCUCGAUUCCAAAUCAUCAACUUCUGGCGCCCCAUCAAGACGAUCUACAAAGAUCCUUUGGCUGUAUGCGACGCAGAAUCGUGUCUUGACGAGGAUAUCCUCCCAUUUAAAUUGAUACAACCAAGUUGGGUGGGUGAGCCAUGCACAAUUCUUCCGAGCAAGAAUCAUCGCUGGUACUACAAGUACGAGCAAACUCCUGAGAUGGUCUUGCUGAUGAAGUGUUACGACUCUAAGAAAAUCGGACGGGCUUGGAGGACUCCGCACUGUGCUUUCACGGACCGCGAGAUGAAUGAUAGGGAGCCGAGACAGAGCAUUGAAGUGCGAGCCCUUCUGUUUCAUGAAGAUGAGAUGUAA